GUGAACCUGCUGUGGCCGCGAUGGGACAAGCGCAGAGAAAUGACAGUCUGUUCUGGAAUUGGGACUAAAUUAUACCCAAAGGACAGGGAUCGAGGAGGGAGCCUGGUUGGGUUAUCGGACAUUCCAUGAUUAGAAUUAAAACAGUUUUUUUAUUAGUUGAUCUACAAGAAGAUAGAGAUCCAAACGGAGAGGGGAAAGUUGCCUUUGAAUGUUAAGCGGUGUUCAUUAUAAUAACCGACGAUGAAAUAACUGUACAUUGAAAUGUUACCACUACUGGACCUUGCAAUUGAUCGUAACAAUAAAAGAGAAAGGAACCAACUGGGAAGAUAACGGAAUUACCACUCGAACCACGUGCGCACGCAUAUAGGACAGUCCAAUAAACUGUCUUGGGACAAGUCAAAAAGACGGUCUUGCCUUGCAUUGUCCAAAAGUGUGGUGAACCUCUAUUUUUUUAAUAGAAUAUAUUGGGUUUAUGCUACAACAGGCCGUUUGCAAUGAUACCUACGUCCAAUUGUUUAAUUUUAAGCUAACCGUUUCACUUGCCCUAUUGCCUUUUGCAUACCAUGUCUAAAAUGUUCGUCGACUUCGGGUACGGACAGCAAUAUUUAUUCUUAUCCCUCAUAUAAUCCCUGUGCAUAGAGUUAUUGUAGGAUUGCACGCGGGCUGUGUGUCUGUUGCAGUGAAGACCGUCAGCAACUUAUUCUAGAUGGGUUAUUUAUGUACAUGCACCUCAUGAGAUGUGCACCUCAUUUAGUCAUAAUGUAUUUUUGAUGUGACAUUGUUAUAAUUGUCGUAACACUGGGGUCAGUGAAAGGGGGCUUAUUACUGUGGCAUUAAGUGUUAAUCGUUUAUUGUUACAUAAUUAAGACGUUGCUCAAUGCAAGCCGUUGCUGGCUGCAGCCCUCUUAUCCACACAAAAACACAUUUUUUGGGAAUAUAAACCUUUCACCGGUGACCGAACUGGUGGCUUAUGGAAAACAGAAUGCGUAUCCGAGGGAAAGUUGAUUUUACGCACACUCAGGAGGAUAAUGAAAGUGGAAAUGAAUAGGCUCACAGAUGAGAGGCGCUGAGCUCCGCCAAUAUGACGUCGAAAUGUUACGUUAGCAGUUUUUGUAAAUUAUGCGUCACAAUUAGCUAUUUCGUCUGCUUUAUUAGAUCACAAAGUAGGCCUAAAUGUGAAUCUUUUCUGGUGUACAUCUCCGAUGGUCGCAAGUUGCCAGUGAUCGCGGGCGACCUCAAGCUUCUUGUGGGGGUGAAACAGAUCACACAGCACAGACAUCUGAAUAGGCACUUCUAUUGAUGGAGGAAGCUUCAAGACGCGGAAAAGAAAGUUGCAUCGGCCCUUUUUUGGUGAUGUGAGCGGAUCGCUAACGAAAAGCAGAAAGCAUACUGCUGUGAAUGUAUUCACAACUGUACCAUUAUUGAGUAAAACAAUACAUUUUCCCUCAUAGUGUUGGAAUACAGAACUGGUUGCAAAAUGCAUGGCUUUUAUGAACAUGUCAGAAAAGUGAUAGUCUAGUCAUUCUCAACGGAGAACAGUGGAGUGGCCAUUUGCCAGUGCCACCCUUUUUCGUUUUUUUGUAUUUUUUAACUAUUGAAAAUAUGGAUGCAAUUGUGAAUUAGUUGCUGUUUCCAUGCGUCUUCUCCUCCAGAUCUCAGGACGUUGUUUGUGGAUUGUGUUGCUAUUUAAUGCAAUGGGCUGUAUCCAGAGUAUCAGGUGUAAGCCCAAGUGUUUCCGUGAAAGUAUCAUCGUUCUCGAGGUGAACUCCUCCAUCGACUCCAAUCCAACCAGCAUCGACGAGUCAUCCAACGUGGUUCUGCGCUAUCGAACACCGCACUUCCGAGCCUCUGCUCGAGUAUUAGUGCCGCCGGUGGCCGGUAAAGAGACGUGGACUGUUGGCUGGAUUCAAGCAUGCAACCACAUGGAGUUCUACAACAAAUAUGGAACCAAAGGGAUGUCGAGCUGGGAACUCCCUGACCUGCGGGAUGGCAAGAUCCAGGCCAUCAGCGACUCGGAUGGCGUCAACUAUCCUUGGUAUGGCAACACCACGGAAACGUGCACCAUUGUGGGCCCUACCAAGAAGGACACCAAGUUUACGGUCAGCAUGAACGACAACUUCUACCCCAGCGUUACGUGGGGAGUUCCUGUGAGCGACAGCAACAUGCCGCAGCUCAGCAGCAUCCGCCGCGACCAGAGCUUCACCACCUGGCUGGUGGCCAUCAACCAGACCGAGACCCUGGUGCUGCAGACCAUCCGCUGGAGGAUGCAGCUCCACAUGGAGGUGGACCCGGACAAGCCUUUGGGCCAGAGGGCCACGCUGCGUGAGCCCGUGGCCCAGGAGCAGCCCCACAUCCUGGGCAAGAACGAACCCAUCCCCCCCAACGCCAUGGUCAAGCCCAAUGCCAACGACGCUCAAGUGCUCAUGUGGCGGCCAAAGACCGGGGAAGCCGUCGUGGUCAUCCCGCCCAAAUACUGACUGACCUCUGGAGGUUAAACGCUCUUUCUCUUCUCCCACUCCUCUACCUUCACCUCACUUUUCCUUUCUUCUCUUUUUAUCUAAUUUCCUUUUCCUUUCUUCUCCUUUUAACCUUCCCUCAAGCUCCUUGCCUCUAUUUGCCUCUACGUUUCCUAUCUCUUCUCUCGCUUUUUGUAAGAAUUGAGCGAGAGAGGGAGAGAAAGUGAAACAAGGACAAGAGCAGCUUGGAGAAAGAGGACACCCGUUGCCUAUAAGUGGGAGCUGGAGCGGACUUUAAAACAGGAAUGAACAAACUGCAACCAUUCUACCUUCAAUCUGGGUCGGGUUUCACUGUGCUAGAUGAAGUAAUUGCAAAAAAAUACCCACAGAAACUUUGCGUUUUUUGUUGCAUUUUGGGGAUUGUAAUUUGGGAGGGUUGGGGAGUGUGUGUGGGUUGAAAAAAUAACAUAGUAUUUAUGUUCGUGUUUAUGUACAUGGUACAUGCACAAAGUUGUGUUUUUAUUUAUGGUCUUGGAGAGAGUUCACUUUUUGUGAAUAAGCACUAUUCUGUGCUCUACAUGAGGGAUAGUGAAUACGAACCACAUCGGGGAGACAUGUAGUUUUAGUACUUUUUUAAACAUGCGAGACGUUCAAUCCAUGCUGCCUUAAGUUUACAUCGCUUUUAACUUUUAGCCUUUAAUCAUGUGCAAUGCAAUAUUCCUUCACAUGUCUUGUCUCUUCUUCCAUCCAGAUUGUCGGUGCUGUUGUUUGUGGGUUUAGGAACGGAAUAGUGGCAACAGAGUGCAAAUUAUACAGUGACAUGUUUUUAUGGGCCUAAUAGUAAGCACAUGUCAUUUAACAGUUUAAAUAUAUUACCUUUUAAUGUGCUAUGUACACAACCAGUCACGAUGGUUUCAUCUGAUUGUCAAACAAAUCUCUUCAAAAAGUAGGCUACCUGCACAUGUUCGUCCACACCAAAAUAAUUCCAGCAUCCCAAACAUGUGCACCCAUUUGAUAUAUGGAAAGAGGCAUCUGUUACAAAACACCAAAAAGUGUAAUGACAUUCAGCAAUUGUAAUUUUUGUAGAAAUAUUUACCACUGUAGCAGGACAAAUAGCAUUUGAAACAAAUAGGAGAAUGGUUAAAUUAGCAUUAUUUAUGGGGUUACAGGGAACCAAAUUUGGUCCUAAUACUGCUAGAACUCUUUACUCCCACAGAACAUACAGACAAAUCAUUCAAACAAACCCUUUCACAAUGCCAGUUUGCUCAUCUCAUCAAUGCAAACGCACAUGUUAUGUUUGGCAGUGUAAAAGGUUUUCUGACAACAUUCAAACCCAUUGAGAGUGACAUUCAGCUGACAUUCAGAUAGACAGCAAGGGUUGUCAACAAACUCCCUUUACAGAGAGAAUACUGUCUUUCAUCAUGUUAUCUUUUAUUUGAUUUAUCACCACUCCCUCCAUCUCAGGGCCCCUGCCACUGUAAAGUGUUUGUCACACACACCUCCCUCGCCCCAUCCAUCCAUCCCUCUGCCUUUCUUCUCUCUUCUCUACAGCUGUCAGAAGAGAGGGGCAUGCUAGCACCUAAUCAAUAUUGGUAUUAAUAAGCAAUCACGGCAAGCAGUAGCCAGGGGAAAUGACUGUGUUUCAAAUCCCGGGGCAAUAAGACAGCAAUCCUCCAUGCAAUGCUAUUGGAGAUAAAUAAUCUUGGCUUUACGGUCCCUGUGUGUGGGGUGGCUCUGCAGAGGUUAACUGGAUGUAGCCCACUGCCCUCCCUCUCUAUUCUCUCUCCUUGUCCCCCCCCCGCUCCCCUCACCCUCUCUCUCUCCACUUCUGAUGUUCGUCCCCAUUCACCGUCUCCACUUUUUCCUCUCUCUGCUCCCCUCGAUCCAUCUCUCUAUUUCCUCCAUCCCUCCUCUCUUCACCCUGCCCUCUGUCUUCCUUGUGUGGAGGAAGGGCAGGCAGUAGUAGAAAAGCGAGGCUCAGCCUGGCAUAUAGAUGACCCACUUGAGGGGUAGCCACUGACAGUUGUAGCCCGCUGUAGAAAUGUGGUGUUUUUUCCCUCCUCUCGCAGGGAUAACGCACAGAGCCCCGGCUAGCUAAAUACCUCCAUAAACGGGACAAUGUCUAGUCAUUCAUUUAUCUGUGGGAAGGGCGGCUUUACCCCGGGCUGAAAUCUCUCUCAUGGAGGAGGCAGGGGGGGGGGGGGGUGUGGUAGAGGGACGACUGUGGGGCAGAAUUUGGCAUCAGGCUUUUUUAUCUCCUUAUAACAUCAUCAACGACAACAACGAGCUAAAAAAAAAGGAACAGGGACCGAUGUUUGUGUUUUGUAACACUGGGGUCAAGCUGUCAUUUUGAAGUGGUUGAGAAAACAGCAUCUCCACUUUUGUCACUGAUGGUAUUGUUUUAGUAUAGAUGUUAUGCCAUUUUGGUUUGAUAUUUUUUGGAGGCAACGCUUUCUUGGUAGAGUAAUAUUACCAUCAAAUGCCACCAACAACUGGCCAAAAAUGUGUUGAGUCAUAAUUGUUUCCUUUGUUAUUUUAGCCUACCUCGUGGUUUGGUUUAUUUAAAAUUACUCAAAUCUGUUGACGUCUCAACCAAAUAUCAACCUUAAUUUGACAUCUUUGCCUGAUGAGAAAAGACAGAGCAGCCAAGUGUGUAGCAGCUGAACAUAAUUAAAAAAGAGACAGGGUUAGGAAACCAGAUAGACUGAUAGCCUCGCCAAAUGAGAUCUUCAGUAUGAUAGCUAUGAUACAGUACGUAUACUGCAGCUCUCCCUUGUUAUAAUUACAUUUUGGACCCGCAUAAUAGCCUAAUCAGAUGGCCCUCGUUGCCCCGUGUCAGCUAUGUGAGAUAGCCGCUGCUCUGGACUCAAUCAUCUGGGCUGAAGGAGGAGGGAGGAGGGGACUGGUGGGGGGGGGGAAGUGCUGCCAUUAUUAUAUCUGCUGUGAAAUACUGAGCCCCCUUCAGAUGCACUGUGUUGGGCUGUGCCAAGGGUGGCUGGAGUGAUAUAUGAUGGGCUCUUAGGGCUAGAGGGCAAAGGUCAGUGUUAGAAGGGGUGGGGCACACACACAGUUGUCAUAAGACAGCAGGGACAGAGGCCCCCGGGGACGGUCUCUCCUUGCAUCCUAUCGGAUCGUCACAACAUCACACUGGGACCGAGUGUGAACAGCACUUAUUGGCAGAGCACGUGGCCCCCAGCAAAACACACAUACGAGAGGGAGGUCCCAGAGGAGACGAUUGCCUCAAUGUGUCUCUGAUUCUGACCGUGUUUUUGCUACUGAUGAGGCCAUCUCAUAAUGUACAAGUGCUUCCUGGAAACACGCCUCUAACUGAGUUCUGUUUUUAAAAAUUGACAUUUACGUAAACGUUCUUAUGAGAUUACGAUGCCAUCAUUGAACGAGUGGAAUUCAUGGACUUCAUUUUUCUCCUUCUGGGGUUGUGCCACUGGGUAGAGCCUUCCUUUCCUAAACCCACAACUCCUAGUUGAGGGCUACCACCUUUUCUAUGGAUAUUUAUGUAAAAGAGUCCUGUAAACAGUCCAGCAACUCUUCAUAGACCAGCAGAAAAGAUUUCGCUUUAGUUCAACCAAUAACAGGCCCAAGCUCACUCUCAGGAUCACCCACCAUUGUUUCCUAUCCUUUGCUAUUGGCUUACCCCAUGUAAACAAGAGUUGAUUGGAUAUUCCAUUUGUCUGUCCAUCUUACCAUUCGCUCCCUUCACCUCUGACUAGGUUUUCAGACGAGUAGCCCUAUGGCUAACUGUAGCAGAUUAUACACAAUAGGCUAUGUAUUUCUAAUUUCUUUGGGUUUGUUGGUUUGUCUUCUGAAAAAUGCUCUAAUAUAUUUCACAGCACUGAAACAAAAAUACAGUAUUUUCUUGUUUUGCUUUGUCAUUGACACUGAUACUCAAUACUUGAAAAUGGAACAGUACUGACAAAUAUUUAAAACUGUGAAAAUGCACAAUGAUAAAAAAAAUACUGAAAAUUAAAAGAGUGGUAUUUUUCAUGAAUAAAAAAAAUGUGCAAAUGUUA